GAGACAGAAAACCGUAUAAAGAGUGCUUGUCCGGGGGCAAAAUCGUGUGGACGGAGGGAGAUUAAAUCCGUCGCCAUUUUGUUUAUUUUCCGGACAAUUUCAGAGGUGAAAUACAAAGCCGAUCACCCGGUAAUAAUCAAAUAAAAAUAAAAAAAACCCAUCGCCAUAAACACACGGUAAAAACUAAAAGUGUCAGUGAAUCGACUCUGUGCAGAAUCACCUCGGGGUCACUUGUCCAAAUAAACUGUUAAAAAAACAACCAACAAUCCUAAAAAAAAAACCCCAGGCGUGGCACAACCACGGAAAAUCCCCCUGAUCAUCAAAAAACCGCGAAAAACCCUCAGGAAUAAAUCAAUGAAAUACCGAACAAAGACUGACCUCGAAGAGACCCAACCGAUUACCUCAGAUCAUCAAAAAACGUGCAAAUCGUAAAAAUCAAAUCAACCAAUCGGCAAUCCCUCACUCCAAAUAACUCCCCUAAACCCCUGAAAAACGAAAAAAAAAGGGGUAGAUAAAUCGGCGUCAUCAGCAUCAUCAGUCGACCGGUAUCUCUCCCAAAGUAAAUCACAAUUUUCCUCCACCCACACCAUAAAAACAACCGGGGGUUGGAAAUCCGCUUUCUCAGGAUCUCCCCCUCUCGGAGAAUCGUCGAAACACAAGGCACGACAUUUCUCGUUGGCAAUACGGACACAUAAACCACACAGAGUGCAUAGAAAAGUGCCGUCGAAAGGAGAAAAAGCAAAGAAAAAGACACAUCUCCAUUUUCCCCCAACUGGUUGAUGCUUGAUGUUCAAGUAAAUAAAAAAAAAACGAGUUGGAGUAGUCAUCAAGGUGAUAUUCAUUGGCAGAAGAGAAAAAUCGUUUGAAAAACUGGGGGAUAAGUGCCUCCAGGCGAUUCAGUGCAACAUCCAGCGAUAAAAACAACAACCAAACGAGAAAACACAGAUUGCGGCGCGGGGGGGGACAGGCUAAAAUAGCUGAAAACAGUGGAUAAUUGGUGGUAAAUGCUACGGUAAUUCAAUGAAUAAUUAGGUACAGAGGGUGAAAAUAGUGGUUUUUCCGUUGACGAAUUUGGCCUCGAGAACGGGCAUAAAACGGCCGCAGAAAUUGGGCGAAUCGCAAGCAAGUAUCAGACGUCGUCGUGCGGUAAAGUAACGUCGCCGACGGUACGCCGCAUAAGUACAAGUGAUACAUUGAACGAGGGUAACGUACCUGACGAACGUAUGUCAAAUUAUAACCGUACAACUGAUGAGAUUGAUCGUUUCUAUCUGUCACAACGUGAUAACGAUACGAGAGUUGGUGACAACGAGAGGAUUACAUCGCCGUUGUUAACGGCGACCGAUACAUCGACGAAUCAUCAGAUUAAUACAGAAGUAACCUCGACGGCGCGUGUCGUCUGCGAGGUACAGAGCACAGACAAGACGACCAUCAACAUUGGUGUCGCAAUGAACCACGUUAAUGAACAGGAUAACCUCAAGCAGCUUAAUUUAGCGCCUGUACAGGUUAACGAAGUCGAGGAGAUGGAUACGCAGGAGGAAGCACCCAAUGAUGGACGAGGCGAUGGCAGGGGUGAAUUGCCACCCAUAAAUGGAGAAUUGGAGUUCGAACUUGCUGGCAUGAAUGAAGAUAUGCCCGGCUGCGUCAGUCUGGAUCACGAGAUGAACGAGGAUGAGGCGAGAUCCGAGGCGACAUUUCGCUAUACCGUUGAGAAUGUAUCAAAGAUGAAGGAUUCACAGCUGUCACCACCGUGCUACGUGCGUAAUUUACCAUGGAAAAUAAUGGUAAUGCCACGAUCGAGUCAGACCCAGGAGAGGCAGCCCCAGAGGUCCCUCGGAUUUUUCCUUCAGUGUAAUGGCGAGAGCGAAUCGUCAACGUGGAGUUGUUAUGCUGUCGCCGAACUACGUCUUUUAUCCUGCAAAGAGGCCCAAGAGCCUUUCAAUAGAAAAAUACAGCAUCUGUUUUACAACAAGGAGAAUGACUGGGGAUUCAGUCAUUUCAUGCUGUGGCAGGAUGUCUUAGACCCGGACAAGGGGUACAUCAAAGAUGAUUCAAUAACACUCGAGGUUCACGUAGCAGCUGAUGCGCCACACGGUGUGAGCUGGGACAGCAAAAAACACACAGGUUUUGUGGGUCUGAAGAACCAAGGUGCAACUUGCUACAUGAAUUCCCUCCUCCAGACUCUCUACUUCACAAAUCAACUGCGCAAAGCAGUUUACAAAAUGCCAACUGAGAGUGACGACUCAAGCAAGAGUGUUGCCCUAGCACUGCAGAGGGUAUUUCACGAGUUGCAAUUUUGUGAUAAACCAGUUGGUACAAAAAAAUUAACCAAGAGCUUUGGAUGGGAGACACUUGACUCGUUCAUGCAGCACGAUGUCCAGGAAUUUUUGCGUGUACUCCUUGACAAACUGGAGAGUAAAAUGAAGGGGACUUGUGUCGAAGGUACAGUGCCAAAAUUAUUCGAGGGAAAAAUGGCAUCGUUCAUCAAGUGCAAAAAUAUCGAUUACACGUCGACAAGGGUCGAGACAUUCUACGAUAUCCAGUUGAAUAUUAAAGGGAAGAAGAAUAUUUAUGAGUCAUUCAAGGAUUACAUCAGUACUGAGAUACUUGAUGGUGACAACAAGUACGAUGCUGGAGAGCAUGGUCUUCAGGAGGCUGAGAAGGGAGUUAUCUUUCAGUCUUUUCCACCUGUUCUUCAUCUUCAUCUCAUGAGAUUUCAGUACGAUCCAGUUACAGACUGCUCCGUGAAAUUCAAUGACAGAUUUGAAUUUCACGAGAAAAUAAGCCUGGGCCCCUAUCUACAGGUUGAAGAGUCAACAACUGCUAAUUACACCCUGCACGCAGUGCUGGUACACAGUGGAGAUAAUCAUGGAGGGCACUAUGUUGUCUUCAUCAAUCCUGCUGGUGAUGGAAAGUGGUGCAAAUUCGAUGACGACGUGGUAUCAAGGUGUACAAAGCAGGAGGCAAUUGAGCACAACUACGGUGGACAGGACGAGGACAUGUCAAUGGCAGUUAAACACUGCACAAAUGCAUACAUGUUGGUCUACAUACGUGACUCAGAGCUACAAAAUGUACUCCAAGAGGUGAAAGAAGAGGAUAUACCUCAAGAGCUGGUGGAGAGGCUACAAGAGGAGAAGAGGCUGGAACAAAUAAGAAGAAAGGAAAGAAACGAGGCUUACUUGUAUAUGACUGUGAACGUACUCCUUGAGGAUAGCUUUGAUGGACACCAGGGAAAUGAUCUCUAUGAUCCUGAACACGCGCAUUAUCGAAUGUUUCGGGUUCGCAAACAGGCGACACUCAACGAAUUUCUCGAAUUACUCAGUGAGAGUUUGAAAUACCCGAUGGAGCAGAUCAGAGUCUGGCCAUUCAGUGCCAGAACGAAUCAGACCUGCAGACCCACCCUGAUCGAGCCUGAAGCAGAACUCCAGAAGACGAUGACAGCCUGCGCUGAGAAUCUCAAUCCCUGGCACGUUUUCGUUGAGCUUGUACCACCAGAUUCUGGACUGACUGCUCUUCCACCCUUCGACAAGGACACCGAUGUACUGCUAUUCUUCAAACUCUAUGAUCCAAAGAACAAGAAGAUACACUACGCUGGUCACCAUUACAUGCCAGUGACAGCCAAAGUCCAAGAGCUCAUUCCCAUUCUCAAUGAGAGGGCAGGAUUCGCUGCGGAUACUGAACUUGCUCUCUAUGAAGAGAUCAAGCCCAAUAUGGUCGAGAGAAUUGAAAAUCUGACGGAACCACUGGAGAAGGUUCUCGAGGAGCUCAUGGACGGUGAUAUCAUUGUUUUCCAGAAGGAGGAGAGCGCUAAUGAGUUGUACGAGCUACCAACCUGUCGAGAUUACUUCAAGGAUUUGUUCUACAGGGUAGAAGUGACCUUCUGUGACAAGACCAUCCCCAAUGAUCCAGGAUUCACAAUGGAUCUAUCCCUCAGGAUGACAUACGAUCAGAUGGCGAAGGCUGUGGCACAGAGAGUUGGCACUGAUCCUUAUUUAUUACAGUUCUUCAAGUGUCAAAAUUACAAAGACUUACCAGGUCACCCCCUGAAGUGUACAUUCGAUGGUACACUUAAGGAUCUUCUUACCUACUGUAAGCCAAAGACAAAGAAAAUAUUCUACCAACAAUUGAGUAUUCGAGUGAACGAACUAGAGAAUAAGAAACAAUUUAAAUGCAUCUGGGUUGGACCAUCCUUGAAAGAGGAGAAAGAAAUUAUUCUCUAUCCAAAUAAAAAUGGCACUGUUGCUACACUUCUCGAGGAGGCGAAGAAACAAGUGGAGUUCCCUGAGAAUGGAUCCGGUAAAUUGAGACUACUCGAGGUUAAUGGCAGUAGGCUUAUGCCAGGUCCUAAAGAGGAUACACCCUUGGAAACUCUCAAUACACUCAGCACCAAGACUUACAGGAUAGAGGAGGUGCCAAAGGAUGAGUUGAGUCUCGCUGAGGACGAGAUGCUUGUACCUGUUGCUCAUUUCCACAAGGACAUUUUCUCAACUUUUGGAAUUCCAUUCAUGUUCAAGAUCAAACAUGGCGAGCGCUUCACAAAGGUCAAGGACAGGUUAUUAAAGAAGCUAGGUGUACCAGAAAAAGAAUUCGAAAAGUUUAAGUUCGCGAUCGUGUCAAUGGGCAAAGCGCAGUUCAUCACCGACGAAACGGAUUUCUUCAUAAAUCUCGCUGAUUUCCGAGCCAUUCCCAGUCAGAACGCACCUUUGCAGAGGCCUUGGCUGGGCUUGGACCACGUCAACAAAGCCCCAAAGCGGCCCCGAGUCAACUACCUCGAAAAGGCUAUCAAAAUAUACAAUUAAAUUCUCACCUAAAACUUAACCCACAAACGAUAAAAAAACAAAUUAAACAAUUAAAUGGCCAUCAAGUGCAUCGAAGAAGGUCAAGACUCUGUAAGAGAACGACACCGUUGUCUCGUGCAGAAUGAAAUGAACUCCAACACCGAGAAUAUUUAAAAAAAUUAAUAAAUCCAAAUCUAAAAGCGAACUAAUCACAACUGAGAUUUUUUGCGAGUCCACAUGAUCGAAUUAGGCAGAUGACAGGUGCAAAGAGAAUGAAAUAAAGGAAAUAAAUAAUCGUUAAGCUACGAAACAAGUUUUUAACACUAAAUGGCAGCGAAAGGAAAAAAAAAGGAGAUUUUUAUUUUUCUCUCAACUCGAGGGACGUAUUGAGAAAAAUUAUUUGGCAUUGAUUUUCUCGAAUUAAUGUGCUUCAACUAAAAUUCGUAACUUUCCUACAGUGAGGGGAAAAUGAGUAUACAAAAAUUCCUAGUAUUUUUAAAAAGUAAAGAAACAAAGUAAUGAAAUAUUAACGACGACUUUUGUGACGAAAAGUAAAUCAAACCAGGCCAUCGCGAUUUGAUACCUCGUCUCGUUAUUCCGGCGUUACUCCAAUGUGAAGGAUAAAUUAUAUGAAAAAUUAAAGUUUACCAUAAAAUCGUAAAAUGAAUAAAUAAAGAGAUAAAACAUAUGGAGUAAAAAAAACAACUUAAUAUACAACGUAUUAUAAAUGUGUUAUUAUCAAUCAAUCAAUUAGAUUAGGUGAUAAUUUAGAGUGGAAUUCGUAGAAUUAACUUUUAAUCGAUCUGAUGCAGGUGGGUAAAAUUGUCAGGUAAUUAACUCAUCGGAAGGUCAAAAAAGGAGAAGGAUGAAGAAUCAUGUGGAAAAAUAAAUAAUCAUGCACAGAGGAUUAAGUCCAACGCCGGGUAUCGAGUACGACUGAAUCAUACCUGAUGAAAUACUCAUUUUCAUUCGGAAAUGAUUAGACAAAUAAUUAAAUCAAUGAUUUAACAUUGUAAAAGUCCAUUUGUCUGGAAAAAUUGUUGCAAAUCAUCUUUCUCCAUCCUAUUGAAAAUAAUAAUUACAACCGCACUAAAUUUUUUUAAUUAACUGCAGAGAAUAAACAUUUGAGGUCUCAGUUGAUUUGUGGAGCAUUUGUGACUAGUGGUGUGAGUAUUUUAACAAAUAUUUCCGAAUUUGAAUGAGUACUAAUCUCUCAGCAUAAUUAACUGAAGAAUUACUUUCUGUAAUAUAAUAAUGUCACGGCUAGGUAUUCAACAAUUUCUAUGGUUAGAUUGCAUCGCGUUUUUAUCUUAUUUUUGUAUGAUUGAUGUACGCAUGCAUCUUCCUGAAGAGACUUUUUCCAUGGAUAUGUAAUUCCAGGGCCUUCACACUAAGCACCAGUCGUCGAUUUUUUUUUUAUACUCAAAUUUCUUAAUUUAUCUCUGCCUACUCAGAAAAUCAAUUGAAUCAAGUGAUUUUUGAGAGGAAAAUUGAGGAUUCGGGGAUCUGGAUCUCUCAAAUUCCUCAACGAAUCACUUCGUUUAUCACUUGUUUAUAAAAAUAAUUGUUUAUAUGAAUUUUUUUAUCGAUCCUCUGUUUAUCAAUGUAUCGACGGCGUUGAUUUUUCAAUUGUUCUUUUCACUGGAGGGAUGAGGAAGAGGUGAUAGAACACUGGAAAUAGUGACUUUAAUGUCUCAUUGAUGAUCAAUUUUUUUUAGGGAGAAGAAUGGAAAAGUUAUAUAUUUUUUGUUUCUCUUUUUGCAGAAAUCGCAUAAAUUAAAUACGCGAAUGAAAAAAAUUGUUUAAGUUAUAACUGUAUGAUAUUAAUAAUAAAAUAGAUAACAUUCA